AUGCGUCGUCGACCCAGUCACCCCAGCACCAACGCAGCAGACUCCGAUGCCGUGCAACGUACUCGCUUUGCCAAUGAAGAGAGAGAUGCAGGCGUGGCUUUGUUAAAAGCUGUAGCUGGACGGGCUCUUAAGUCACCCAAGGUUCGCGUGGGAUUGAUACUUUGGGCAGUCGGUCUCUUCUUUAUGCUGCUGGCCCCUGGACUGAGCACUGUGACGCCUGAGAUUAAAUCGACGUACGAAGGGAUGAUUUUGGAGGCUGCUAAUAUGCCUGAGUACCAUGAAGCUUAUACAAAGUACACAGAAGCCCAGAAAUAUGCUGACGAAGCCAAAGUCUGGUUUUGGCGCUUCCGUGAACCGUACAAGACGCUAGUGGAUCAGCGUCAGCCUGUGGCCGACAAAUGGGCAGCUAGGCUGGCGAAAGCAGAGCGAGAGCAGGAAGACAAGAUGAAGAAGGCUCGAGCUUAUGUGGGACUCUGGUCGGACUUUGGUCUGGCGGAUUUGCGAGCGCGGUUCUGGAGCGCGUUUGAGAGAGGCAAGGUCUUCGCACAGCAGCAAACGUUCUAUCAUAUGAUCAUGCGGGUCUUGUCGGCACGUGAUGAAGAUGUGCUGAGUAUGAUCCUGAACUGGGUUCUCGUGGCAGUCAUGAAUUUCACGACCGGGCUGUUGGGAGCGCUCUUUUACUUUUUCUUCUCGCUCGUAAACAUGGUGUUCUCGUACCAGCCUGAUCCACUCAGUGCGACGGCGUUCGUGGUGCUGGGUUUCAUUGGCGCUGCAAGUGUUGUGGCCUCGUAUCUAUUAGCGAUCUAUGGCAUGGUGGCUAGCGGUGUCUACGCGAUUGGAAAGGUCGUCGUGCGCGAUGCUCUCGAACAGGAACGUCGGCAGCAACUGCGGGGUGAACGACAGGAUUGGUAG